AAGUACCUCACAGAAGACCUAGUUGCCUCAUUUCUGAAGUUAGACUAGAAAGAGAAGAUGAACAAUUCCCUGGAUUAUCUGGCCUACCCUGUUAUCGUCUCUAAUCAUAGGCAAAGCACAACUUUCAGGAAAAAGCUGGACCUUGGCCACUACAUACUUCACAGGAAUAGAAUACAGAUAGUAAAGCCUGCGGUCGAUACCAAACCUCCAAUGGCGCACACACAUCACAUUUUAAAAUUGAGCAGACUACAGGGUGAACAAAAGAGAAUCGACAAAAUCGAGUAUGAAAAUAAGCAACUGUGUCAGAAAAUUGCCAAUGCCCAUCGGGGCCCUGCCCAGGUGGACUGCUGGAAUGAAUACUAUUCCAAAAGCUUAAACAGAGAAACAAGGAACCGCGAACUGGUGAGAAUUACUGUGGAAAACCAGGGCAUUCUGAAGAGGCUUGGUGAUCGCAAACCCCACUAUGACCGCUGGGCAUCUGAGAUAGACUGGCAGAAUUCAAGGCGUUAUAUCAAAAAUACAACAAGAUAUCUUCUCUCCCAAGAUGAGUAGGU